AUGUCUAAACGCACAAAGAAGGUCGGCAUCACCGGUAAAUACGGAACGAGAUACGGUUCCGCUCUGCGCAAGCAGAUCAAGCGUAUCGAAAUCUCCCAGCACUCUCGCUACACCUGCACCUUCUGUGGAAAGAACUCCGUGCGCCGUAACGCUGUCGGCAUCUGGGAGUGCAAGGCAACUGGCUGCAACAAGACCAUCGCUGGUGGCGCAUACUCCCUCACAACCCCCGCCGCCGUUGCUGUGCGAUCCACCGUCCGCCGCUUGAGAGAAAUCACCGAGGUUUAG